AUGAAUGUAAUUGUUCAAAAACACAGUGGGGUAUUUUUUGUUGAUGGUCCAGGAGGAACAGGUAAAACAUUCCUGUAUAGAACAUUAAUGGAAAGUUUAAGAAGUAGAGGAGAAAUUGUCUUAGCAACUGCAUCAUCUGGUAUAGCUCAAAAGGAUCUUGCAAAUCUCAUUAGAGUUGCUGCCGCAAUCAUUUGGGAUGAAGCACCAAUGACAAACAAAAAUUGUUUGGAAGCCUUGGAUCGAUCAUUACAAGACAUUUGUAGCAACAAUGCUCCAUUUGGUGGAAAAUCUCAUUUAUGGAAUCAUACCAAGAUUUUGCGUUUGCGUCAAAAUAUGCGAUCAUUGCAUGAUCAAGAGUUUGCAGAAUUUCUUAUUCGCAUUGGUGAUGGUGUUGAACCUACCAAACCAGAUGACAUGGUGAGGUUACCUUUACAUAUUGCAAUCCCAUGGGAAGGUGAACAUUCCAUACAGGUACUUAUCCAACAUAUUUUUCCUAAUUUAGAGUUGCAUGGUUGGGAUGCCCCAUAUAUGGUACAAAGAGCUAUUUUGACACCAACAAAUGAUGAUGUCCAGAAAUUGAAUGAUAUGAUUAUCGAUCAGUUUCCAGGAGAAGAACAUAAUUUGUUAUCGUUUGACGAGGUUGAAGGAGAUAAUCAUAAUUUAUACCAGCAAGAAUUCUUAAACUCAAUUGCACAAGGUAGUUUGCCACCACAUAUUCUAAAGAUAAAAAAGGGUGCACCAUUGAUGUUAUUACGAAAUCUAGAUCCUAGAUAUGGAUUGUGUAAUGGGACCCGGUUAUUAUGUCGUGGUUUAUUUAUGAAUAUGUUGGAUGUGGAAAUCCUAACAGGAAGCAACGCAGGAAAACAUGCUUUUUUGCCUAGAAUUAAAAUAAAAACAUCUGCAAGUGAUGGUCUGCCUUUUGUCCUUAGUAGAAAGCAGUUUCCUGUGCGGCUAAUUUUUGCAAUUACAAUAAAUAAAUCACAAGGACAAACCAUUCCAAAUGUUGGAAUAUAUCUUCCACGACAUGUUUUUAGUCAUGGACAGUUAUAUGUGGCUUUAUCCAGGGGUGUUUCACAGACUACGACAAGAGUUUUAACCAGGGAAGGAAAAUUGAAAGGAGAAGAUGCCAAACUAGAACACGAUGAAAUCUUUCAAUUAUGUAAGGAGUUGAGACGAAAGAAUAUUGAAACUUGCUUCAACAUGAAAAUAACAGACUUUGAAGAUAAAUGGAACACAUGGAAGGAUGAACAAAGUAUUUCAUCCAUCGACAAACUCGACAAUAAGUUUUUUAAAUCUCAAGAGCGCAUUGAUAAAGGGAUGUACGAAGAAUUGAUUCGAAUAUUUAUAAGAGAAAAAGAAAAUACUUCGAAUAGAGAUUUCAUGUUCGACAUUCCUCUUAAAGAACGUCAUUGA